CCAUGGCGGUCUCCGGUCCAGUUCUGUGUCUCUUCGACGUAGAUGGGACUCUGACGGCCCCACGACAGAAAAUUACCAAAGAAAUGGAUGACUUUCUGCAAAAAUUGAGGCAGAAGAUCAAAAUUGGAGUGGUAGGCGGGUCGGACUUUGAAAAAGUGCAGGAGCAGCUGGGAAGUGACGUGGUUGAAAAAUAUGAUUAUGUGUUUCCAGAAAAUGGCUUGGUAGCAUACAAAGAUGGGAAACUCUUGUGUAAACAGAAUAUUCAAGGUCACUUGGGUGAGGCCCUUAUCCAGGAUGUCAUCAACUACUGCCUGAGCUACAUCUCAAAGAUUAAACUCCCAAAGAAGAGGGGUACUUUCAUUGAGUUCCGAAACGGGAUGCUGAACGUGUCACCCAUUGGACGAAGCUGCACCCAAGAAGAACGCGUUGAGUUCUUUGAACUCGAUAAAAAAGAGAAUAUCAGAGAGAGAUUCGUUGCAGACCUGAGGAAAGAGUUUGCAGGAAAAGGCCUCACGUUCUCCAUAGGAGGCCAGAUCAGCUUCGAUGUCUUCCCUGACGGCUGGGAUAAACGCUACUGCCUCAGACACGUGGAAGCUGACGGCUUUAACACCAUCUAUUUCUUUGGAGACAAAACCAUGCCGGGUGGGAACGACCACGAGAUCUUCACGGACCCCCGGACCCUGGGCCACACGGUGACGGCGCCCGAGGACACGCGCAGGAUCUGCCAGGGCCUCUUCUUCUGA